UAGAUCGUUCAGUCCCAUUCCAGCUGUCGGUUCGACAGGUCGAGCUUUUCGGUUUUUCGAAGGUGUAAAUAUUUCGGAUUUUCUUCUUCUUCAAACGUUGGCGCGAAAGCAUUUGGUUGAUCGCGCGAGAAAGUCGUUACCGUUGACGACGGUUCGAGUCGGUUACGGGUCGGAAAAGCCCCAUUUUGGCCGCGUGGAAUUUCCCGCCCAGAAAGCCGAUCACCGGAUGCACCAUGGAGAACAAAGCCUACAUCGGGGAUGAUGUCAACGGUAGAGCGGUGAAGGUUCUGGGGUUCACCGCGAGUCACGAUCUGCAGCCGCAGGCUGCUCAACAGAACGGCACCGUCAUCAACGUGUCCGCACCACCGCCAGCCUCCCCAGUUCGCGAAAAAUGGGGCAAAAACAUCGAGUUCCUGCUGUCCUGCGUGGCCCUGUCCGUCGGUUUCGGCAACGUGUGGCGCUUCCCGUACACGGCCUUCAACAACGGCGGCGGAGCGUUCGUGAUACCGUACCUGAUCGUGCUGUUCAUCAUCGGACGGCCGGUGUACUACCUGGAGAUGGUCCUCGGGCAGUUCUCCAACCGGGGUUGCGUGAAGGUGUACGAUCUUGCCCCGGCGAUGCGCGGGAUCGGAGUCGGUCAAACGAUCGCGAUCUUCACGGUGAUUACGUAUUACGCAGCGAUUCUGGCGAUUACCUUCCGGUAUCUGGUGGCGUCUUUCAGCGUGGAGCUGCCAUGGAGUACGUGCGACCCCAGUUGGGUGAAUUGUGUGGACUCCAACUUGGUUGGGAAUAUAAGCAUGCGGAAUGUCAGCAAGGUGCAGUCUUCAGCGGAGUUGUACUUCAGAAAUACAGUGCUGAAGAAGGCAGCUUCACUGGAUGACGGCAUCGGAACUCCCGAUUGGAAGCUUGUUCUGUGUUUAGUUGUUGCGUGGACUUGCAUAACCGCUAUCCUGAUCCGAGGCAUUAAAAGCUCCGGCAAGUUUUCCUACUUCCUCGCCAUCUUCCCGUACAUCAUCAUCUUCAUCCUGCUGAUCCGAUCGGUAACCCUGCCGGGCGCAUGGAACGGCAUCAAGUACUUCUUCACCCCGCAGUGGGACAAACUGCUCACCGUCCAGGUGUGGUACGAGGCCGUCACGCAGUGCUUCUUCUCGCUGACAAUCUGCUUCGGCGGACUGAUCGUGUACUCGUCCUUCAACGACUUCCACAACAACAUCUACCGCCACGCCGUGAUCAUCACCUGGCUGGACACGUUCACUUCGAUGAUUGCCGGCUGCAUCGUGUUCGGGGUGAUCGGUAACCUGGCGCACGUCACCGGCGAAGCGGACAUCACGAAGGUGGUCAAGAGUGGUCCCGGGUUAACGUUCGAGACAUAUCCGGAUGCGAUCGCCAAGUUCGACUGGGUUCCGCAGCUGUUUUCCGUUCUGUUCUUCUUCAUGCUGUUCCUGCUGGGAAUCGGGACCCUGAUUGGGAUCGUGACCUCGGUAAUCACUGCCAUCCACGAUCAGAACCCUCACUGGAAGCGCUGGAAGGUCGUACUGGUGGUGUCCGCGGUAGGAUUCUGCGUUGGUUUGGUAUACGUCACUCCGGGAGGACUGUUCAUCCUGGAUCUUAUGGACUAUUACGGGGCGACCUUCGUCACGCUAACCUUAGCCGUGUUCGAACUGCUUACGUUCGCUUGGAUCUACGGCGUCAACCGAGUCUGCAAGGACAUUGAGUUUAUGCUGGGGGUCAAAACCGGACUCUUCUGGAGGAUCUGCUGGGGAAUCGUAACUCCGCUGGUCGUGUUGAUCAUCCUUCUCUUCAGCAUCAUCAACUACGUUCCCAAAGAUAUGCCGUCCGGCUACAACGCUUUUGGCUGGUGUCUGUACGCGGCAGCUGUCCUACAACUUCCAGCUUGGGCCGUCUACGCCUGGUUCAGGAACAGCAAUCAACAGGAUUGGCUUAAACGCAUCAAGGCCACGCUGAGUCCCACCUUCGAUUGGGGUCCGGAGGAUGCCAGCGUGCGGUCUAAGUAUUACACCUUCAUGAGCGAGCAGGAACCUUCUGGCUCAUCAACGACGUCGAUGACACAAGAUUUCAGCUUGGUCAAGUACAUUCGGAAGAAAUUGUUGGAUUAGUGGCGUAGGUUAGUGUGCUGAGAUGCUGCAAUUAGUAAGAUUUCCUGUGCCUGUGAGAUUCGUGAUAUUGAUAUUUAAAUUAAGUUGGCGUGCGAAGGGAAGAGACGUGGCUUGGGAAAAAAUACAGCAAGGGAUUGCGAAUGACGUGGAAGGCGGCGAGAUGUUUUAAUUUAUUUUUGAAUAAAUCACCUUUAAGUGUAAACAGAAAAAAUA